AUGCCUCCUGAUAAUCAUGGGAAACGGCAGAUGAUUGAAAAGUGUCACGAAUAUUAUCGUGGAAACAGAAAAGAAGUGGAAACCAUUCAAGAAUUCAACGACACCUACCAAAGAGCUGACGCUGUUCGAUGGUAUACACGACACUCGUUUGUUUAUAAACUCAUCAACAAAGCUCUACGCACAGAAGACAUCGAACAACUGCACAUAUUUCGCUUUUUCAUUGCCGAUCUGUGCUCAAGUCUUGCACAAGAGUAUAAGAAGAUGAGAGAACGCGAGAAAGGUGUACUUCAAGUCUAUCGUGGCGUGAAACUGUCGAAAGAAGAAGUUGAAAAGUUGGAAGAGAAUGAAGGUAAACUCAUUUCGACAAAUGGUUUUCUGUCCACAAGUCGUUUGUCCUCAGUGGCUCUGAAUUUCGCAUCUCAAUCGACGAAGCGUCGAGACGCUGUUACUGUUCUCUUUGAGAUUGAGUAUGAUUUGAGUGAGUUGAGUGAUGAUGCUAUUGUGUGUGCUGACAUAGCUGAGUUCAGCGAUUAUCCAGAAGAGCAAGAAGUCCUGUUUGAUCUAGGCGCAACAUUCAAAAUUCAGUUGGUUGACCGUGAAAAGCCAGAUGUCUGUCGUGUAAAUCUGAGCGUAACAAGCGAAGGAGCAGAUAUAGCACGAGAAUAUAUCAAGUUGAAUAGAAAAGAGCUAGAAGAAACAAGCAUUCCCGUUAUGUUUGGUUCACUUCUGUGUGACAUGGGACACUAUGACAAAUCAAUGAAGUACUUCGAGAAUCUAUUUGAAAAUCCUGAAGGAGAAAUUCUAAGUGACAUUGAGUUUAAUAUUGGCCGUGCUCACCAUUUCAGAGGCGAGUACGACAAAGCACUGCAGCUAUACGAGCAUAGCUAUACAACCACGAUGAUGUGCAAGCCACUCCGUGAGAAAGCAUUAGCUAGAACACUCUAUAGUAUUGGCAAUGUUUAUGCGAGCAAAGGCGAGUAUGAUCGUGCUUUGGACUAUUAUUCAAAAUGUCUCAAGAUUCAAGAAAAAUGUUUGCCAUCUGAUCAUCCACAUAUUGCUAGUAGUCUGGGUAGUAUUGGCCUGGUUUAUUACAGGAAAGGCGAGUAUGAUCGUGCUUUGGACUAUUAUUCAAAAUGUCUCAAGAUUCAGGAAAAAUGUUUGCCAUCUGAUCAUCCAGAUAUUGCUACUAGUCUGAAUAAUAUUGGCCUGAUUUAUGACAACAAAGGCGAGUAUGAUCGUGCUUUGGACUAUUAUUCAAAAUGUCUCGAGAUUCAAGAAAAAUGUUUGCCAUCUGAUCAUCCAGAUAGUGCUCGUAGUCUGAAUAAUAUUGGCCGCAUUUAUCACAGCAGAGGCGAGUAUGAUCGUGCUUUGGACUAUUAUUCACAAUGUCUCGAGAUUCAAGAAAAAUGUUUGCCAUCUGAUCAUCCAGAUAUUGCUACUAGUCUGAAUAAUAUUGGCCUGGUUUAUGACAACAAAGGCGAGUAUGAUCGUGCUUUGGACUAUUAUUCACAAUGUCUCGAGAUUCAAGAAAAAUGUUUGCCAUCUGAUCAUCCAGAUAUUGCUCGUAGUCUGAAUAAUAUUGGCCGCAUUUAUCACAGCAGAGGCGAGUAUGAUCGUGCUUUGGACUAUUAUUCAAAAUGUCUCAAGAUGAGCGAAAAAUGUUUGCCAUCUGAUCAUUCAGAUAUUGCUCGUAGUCUGAAUAAUAUUGGCAAUGUUUAUGCGAGCAAAGGCGAGUAUAAUCGUGCGGUGGAGUUCUUUGAGAGAUGUUUGAAGAGUCGUGAAAAGCUGCUUCCGUCAAGACAUCCUGACCGUGUCAAGGUUGAGAAGAGGCUGUCCGAAAUAAAGAAACUACAGGCGGGUGGUUGUGUAUGCAUGUGA